AUGGAGGAGUUGGUGAUUGUUGGGAGUUCAAAAGUGAAGACAUCUAUAUUUGAUUUGUCUAGAGAUCACUGUGCCAACGCAUAUUUCAAAGGAAUGCGUUAUGGGGAGAUGGCAAACAGUUUAGCGGAGUCAUUUAAUAAUUGGGUUGUUGAUCUGGAGCAAAGGACUUGUUCUUGCCGUCUUUGGCAAAUUGACGGUUUUCCUUGCACGCAUGCGGUGGCUGCAAUUCUAGCAAAGAAAGAUUCAGUUUAUGAUUACGUGGAUUGUUACUAUAGGACUAACUUCUUUCAAAAAGCCUAUGAGAGUCCUAUUUUUCCUAUUCUAGAUAUUGGGAAAGGCUUGGGCAGCAACGGUUCUGCAGCUGGAGUUGUGCUUUGGCCAAUUACAAAAAGGCCAGCCGGAAGACCACCAACAAAGAGGAUCAAAGCUUUUGGUGAAUUUAAAAGACCAUUGAAAUGCAGUCGAUGCAGUGUUGCUGGGCAUAAUAGGAAGACUUGCAAGGCUGUGAUAUGA